AUGCAUCCCGCCACCGCCCACCAGCGACGGCCACCGCCGGAGCAGCCGUGUUCCACCGAGAGUCUAGAUCAGCUAACCCAACUUCUUAGUCAUCUAUUGCAGUCUACUCUCUCCAUUACUUCCUUUACAUCGAGAUGGCAGUGCCUUCGAUCAAAGCUUGGUACAUUAAAAUCGGUUCUUUCUGAAAUCUCGGAUUCCUCGCACUGGGCCGACAACCCUUUACUGGGUACCCUCCUCCCCGAUCUCCUCUUGACUCUUCGCCGUGUCGAAAUCCUGUGCAAUCAGUGUUCUGACCCUUCAUUUACUCCCGGGAAACUCCUCAUGCAAUCGGACCUCGACAUGGCCUCUGGUUGGCUUUCGAAGCAAACCAGCGAUCUUGAGCUCCUUCUCCGCUCUGGGGUCCUCCAUCAGUCUACUGCCAUUGUUCUCUCUCACCCCAGUGCCAAUGGCCCAAAAGAGGACCUCUGUUUUUUCGUCAAGGACCUCUUUACAAGGCUUCAGAUCGGGGGUCUUGAGUUCAAGCGCAAGGCAUUGGAUUCAUUAAUUCAGCUCCUUUCUGAGGAUGAAAAUUCUGGGAGUGUUGUUGCCAAAGAAGGGAAUUUGAACUGCUUGAUUCACUUACUCGACCCCAUUUAUCCGGAUUCUGUGAGAGAUCUGGCUGUUGUAGCAGUGUCAAUGCUCGCUUCAGCGAAUCAUUUGUCGAGGAAAUGUGUUUUCGAAGAGGGAGCUUUGGGUCCAUUGUUGAGAAUCAUUGAAUGUAGCUCAAUGCCCUUAAAAGAAAAGGCUGCCAUGGCCGUGGAGUUCAUCACUGCGGAUCCUGAUAAUGCAUGGGCGAUUUCUGCCUAUGGGGGUGUUUCGAUACUAAUAGAAUUAUGUAAAUCUGGUUCUGUUACAGCUCAAUCAUACUCCGUUGGGGCUAUAAGAAAUGUUUGCACAGUUGAAGAUAUUCGAAUUGCAUUAGCAGAAGAAGGAGCCAUCCCUGUUUUGGUUCAAUUACUUGUUUGUGGGAUCCCCCCAGCUCAAGAGAAAGCUGCUAAUUGUGUUGCCAUUCUCGCUUCAUCGGGUAAAUUUUUUCACAGCUUCUUGUUACAAGAAAAGGGCUUGCAAAGAUUGCUACAUUUGCUUCACGAAUCCUCAAGCCCUGAAACGACAGAACAUGUAUUACAAUCAAUUUAUUUGUUAUCGGAUUCCCAUUCAAGCCACCUGACUUUAUCAGGAUCAACAAAAUUUAUAAUACACAUAGCUGAGCUCGUAAAAUAUGGGAGCAUUAUGUUACAGAAAAUUUGUGCUUCGUUGCUGGCUAAUUUAUCGAUAAGUGAUGGUAAUAAGAGAGCCAUUGGUGGUUGUAUGGGUUCAUUAGUGAAGCUAAUGGAGUCUGUGAAGCCCGAUGGAUUGCAGGAGAUUGGGACGAACGCUCUAGUGUCAUUGUUAUCGGUGAGCUCAAAUAGGAAAGAGUUUGUGAGAGAUGAGAAGAGUUUAAUAAAGCUUGUGCACAUGUUGGAUCCUGCUAAUGAUGUUAUUUCAAAGAAGUUCCCCGUGGCAGUGGUAGCUGCUCUUACUGCUGGAUCAAGCCAUGGUUGUCGGAAGAGGCUAAUGACAGCCGGUGCUUAUGGUCUUGGAGGGAAUAACAAAUAUGUGACUACACCCACAAUCAAAGAUUUUCUAACCAUCGAUGAGGAAACUACUUCUGCACAGGAAACAACACGUGCAUUUGGUAUACCCCAAAUGGUAACAUAG